CGUUGUGCAGUGCGAUUCUUGCCUUUCAAACGUUCUGAUCCUCGCUAAAAAUAAUUGUUCGGUUAAUAUCCUUUCGGUCGGAAAAAAAGGAAAAAUGCGUCCGAUCACGGUUAACUUUUUGCUGGUGGCACUUUGUGUCUCUUCUACCAUUUGGCCAGCGAGUGGCCUGCAAUGUUACAAUUGUGUCGGAGAAGAAUGCCAUGCGGAAACGGUCCCAGAAAUCUCUUGCAAUCUGGAUGACUCUGAGGCAUUUGUAUUGGAUACAAGUGGCAUUUUGAAUCGAUUCCGACGAUCUCCUUUGGUAGUGAAGCCACGAGACACUGAAAAUUUGGAUGAAUCAACAACCGACUCCACAGUAACAUCCACAGAUGCUUCAUCCGCGUCUACAACUGAUUCCGAUGUCACAUCAGACUCUACCAUUGCGUCCACAGAAUCCUCGUCCGCGACUGAUUCAAGCACAGAUUCUUCAACCAAUCCCCAAACUGUAGGGUCCACAGAAUCUUCAACCGAUUCCUCAACCAUCAGUUCCACAGACUCUUCAACUGCCACUACGGAUGAUUCUUCAACCUCAGAUUCCACGGAAUCUUCGACUACCUCAGAACCAGGUUCUUCAAGUCCUUCUACAACUGCUUCUACCACCGAUUCUACAUCCGAAUCAACGACCGAUUCUACGACCGACUCUACCACCGAUUCUACGACCGAUUCUACGACCGAUUCUACGACCGAUUCUACGACCGAUUCUACAUCCGAUUCAACGACCGAUUCAACUUCCGAUUCUACGACUGAUUCUACGACCGAUUCUACGUCCCAAUCUACGUCCAGUUCUACGUCCAGUUCUACGUCCGACUCUACGACUGAUUCUACGCCCAAUAGUUCUCCCGUAACUACAAUUUCUCCACCUAUAAGUUAUAAAUUGGCAGCCUGUUACAGCAUCUAUAAGGAAGGAGAGCUCUACCGUGGUUGUAUUAAGGUGCCCACAAACGAAUCAGCCUGCGAGGCUGUGAAGGACAAACUGGAAAUUACAGAGGACUCCGCCGAUCAGUGUGACAUCUGUCUGACGGACAAGUGCAAUGGAAGCACUAGUUUGCAGGUCUCAUUGGGCGCCAUGAUCCUGCUGUUGGCGAUGGGUCUGAAAAACCUGUUCUAGGGGAUAGCCGAAGAGUGGAGUGCCGUUGUAUUAUAUAAUUGUUAGCAGUUUGUAUUCAUAUUUAAUAAAAAAUGAACUAUUAUCAAGAA